AAAAAAAAAAAAACGUAAAAUAUUGAUGCAUAGAAUCGAGGCAAGAUUGAUUCUUUCCGGCUGGUCUAAACUGCUCUGAUCACAGAGCAAAAGUUAGGGUUUCGAACCCUAAAGACCAUUGCCUUCAUACACACACAACCAAAAAAAAAAAAAAACGGAAAAAAAAAUCAGUUCAAUUUAAUCAAUCCCUGCCUAGGAUUCGUGCUCAUUAAAAUUAAAAAAAAAAAAAAUGGGGUCACCAAAGCUCAUUAGUUUUCCUUUGGUAUCCUUGUUCUUCAUUUUGGCUACCAUUAUCCCUGCAAUGGAAGCCAAUGCUGACGAGUGGGACGAACUCAGAAAAUAUUUCAAGGGUGAAAGAAAGUUGCAUAAAUUCCAAUGCCAUCUAACAAGUACUAAUGAAUCUGAUCUCAACAAAAAUAAAAUCUCAAUUUCGACAAUCAAUGAUCAUUAUUUAAACUCGACCAGAAGGGAGUUAUAUGGGAAAAAGAACAGACGGGGUGGGCCAUGCAUGGCAACAAACGUAAUCGACCAAUGCUGGAGAUGUGACCCAAACUGGGCUAAAAAAAGACAGAAUAUGGCCGAUUGUGUCAAAGGUUUCGGGAGCAAGGCCAGAGGUGGAAAAGGUGGCAAGUACUAUCUUGUCACUGAUCCAUCCGAUGACUGGCAGAACCCGAAACCCGGGACCCUCCGCCACGCCGUCAUCCAGAAAGAACCCUUGUGGAUCACAUUCGCCGGGAAGAUGAACAUCAAGCUCGGCCAAGAGCUGAUCAUGCAGAGCGACAAGACCAUCGACGGCCGCGGCGCCAGCGUGCACAUCUCCGGUGGGGCCGGGAUCACUAUCCAGUUCGUCAAGAAUAUCAUCAUAACCAACAUCCACAUCCACAAUAUCGUCCCCACUUCCGGUGGGAUGAUCCGCGACGCAGUCGAUCACGUCGGGUUGCGCACACAUAACGAAGGCGAUGGGAUCAGCAUCUUCGGAUCGACCGACAUCUGGAUCGAUCAUGUCUCUAUGUCUAGAUGUUCUGAUGGCCUGAUUGAUGCUGUCCAAGGUUCCUCCGGGAUCACCAUUUCCAACUGCCACUUCACAGAUCACGACAAGGUAUUGCUAUUCGGUGCAAGUGACAGUACCGAAGUGGACAGAGACAUGAAGGUGACGGUUGCAUUCAAUCAUUUUGGUAAGAGAUUGAUAGAGAGAAUGCCGAGAUGCCGAUCUGGAUUCUUCCACUUGGUUAACAAUGAUUACACUCACUGGGAAAUGUAUGCUAUUGGUGGAAGCCAUGCACCUACCAUUAUUAGCCAAGGAAACAGAUACAUUGCCCCUGUCACUGAGAAAUUUGAGUCUUUAAGAGAGGUUACACAUCGGGAUAAUGCACCGGAAUCGGAGUGGAGUAAGUGGACAUGGGUUACGGACGGAGACUUGUUCCAAAACGGAGCUAAAUUCGUGCCAUCUGGAAACCCUAACGGAGCGAAAUUGUAUGCGGCCCUGGAAUUGAUCAGACCAGCUCCGGCUUCACAAGUUGCUGUCUUGACUAAAGACGCUGGUUUUCUCAGAUGCGCGGUUGGAAACCCUUGCUAG